AUGUUCUUUCCUAAAUUUCUGGACCUUACAGAACAGCACACACUCCUUCAUGCUGCCCUUCACAAGCUAGAUUCAUUAGAGAAUAGAGCCUUACGUCGCCGCCGCAAGGACUUCUUGUCAACGCGUUCUCCCAUCCCUGAAACAGCUCAGACAGUGGAAGAUUUUUUCCCCGAUCAGUAUUACGACUUCCACGAGGGCCAUUUCGACGGCGUCAUAAAGCAUUUCCGAGAGACUCACGUAUCUUCGUGGGGGAACGCCGACUCCCCUGCGCUAUCCGCCGUCAUCGACCGACUCCGCACACUCUAUCCCAGCGAUUCAGAGACCCAGAUGCAUGUUCUGCACCUCGCAUCGGAUGGAGAGAUCCUGCCGCACGUCGAUAAUGUCGGAGCCAGCGGAUCCUGGAUAUUGGGCGUCAGUCUAGGUGCCACACGAGUCUUGCGUUUGGAGGACACAGAUGACGCUGCGCCUCGGGCACCCUUUAACCUUCCGCUGCCGUCAGGGAGCGUUUAUAUACAAAGAGACUCCAUUCGAUAUGGUUACAAGCACUCCAUACUGCGAGCAGAAGAUCCAUCUCGUGGACAGCGUUUGAGUGUCAUGGUUAGAGAUAUUCUCCCAAAAGGUGCUAAUAUUCCUCUUGCGAUGUAA